AUGCACGCGUUAGUGAAUGCUUUUCUGCGCUGUCUCUCUUUCCUUUUCCCGCCCUCUUGGCUGUGUGUCAGUUUUUGCUUCUGGGUUGGGAGCGAGUGCGAAGAGAUGCCAUGGCCCAAUCCCAGAGCUCGUUUCAAACACAGAAAGCCUCUUACAUGUGAGGAAGUAAGAGCAGCAGCAGCAGUAGCAGCAGCACCCUCCAUCUCGUCAACAGCAGCUCCUCCCGAUCGCGUCUCGCUAGCCGCCGCCGACGACCCCUCCGCUCCUCCGGGCUCUCUGCGAAGCGGCAUCGGCGGUCUCUGGCAGGCUGUGCGGCGCGUCGUCACCGCUCAACGCCGACGCUGGUGUUCGCGGCGUCGCGGCUUGUGCACCUCCACCCGCUGUCCUGUCGCCUGCGACCCGGGCGAGGUGAACGGUUUCCGAGGAGGAGGAGAAGGAGGCGCCGCCGCAACCGGAAAGGCGAAGACGGCGAGUAAAAACGCCUUCGCUUGUUCGGCUGAUGAGAAAAUGAGCGUGGCCGCGGAGUUCCCCGACCCACGCCCGGCGGGAGCUGCAGCGGACGCGUCGGCGACGCGCGGCGCCGAGGACGAGGUGAUCACUGUGGACAAACACCUGCAGGAGAUGGGGACUGUGACCAUAACGGUGGCCAUACAAGCGGCGGAAGAUGAGGACCCCGAGGAAGUGUCCAAUAAUGUUGAUUUCAUCGGAGGUAGCUGUAGUGACGACGAAAUCGGAAGACACGACAAAUCAAGUGGUGCCGGUACAAGUGGCGGUGAGCUGGAGGAGGAUGAGAGCUGGCAACCCCCUGAUCAAGAACUCGUCCAGAAACUGGUUGCUCAGAUCGAGUACUACCUGUCGGAUGAAAACCUGGAGCACGACCCAUUCCUGCUCAAACAUAUCCGCCGCAACAAACUGGGCUUCGUCAGUGUUAAGUUGCUCACCUCGUUCAAAAAGGUCAAACACUUGACUCGUGACUGGAGAACAACUGCUUAUGCCCUGAAACACUCGACUUUCCUGGAGCUGAAUGAUGAGGGACGCAAAGUGCGACGCAGAUCCACAGUGCCAGUCUUCGCCAUUGAGUCUCUGCCCACCCGCAUGUUGCUGUUGAGUGAUUUACAACGUUCACCCGAACUGGCUGCCCUCAAGGAAAGCACCAGAAAUGGUGUAGGUGGAGAGGGAGGAUCCUCGCAGCAGGAGCUAUUGAUGAAACUGCUGCUGAAGGAGUUUGGAGUGUACGGCGCCAUUGCCUUGGUCAGAGUCCUGAAACCUGGGAAAGACCUACCAGCCGACCUGAAGAGGCUGAGUGGCCGCUACACGCAGCUGGGCACAGAAGAGUGCGCCAUCGUAGAGUUCGAGGAGGUGGAGUCUGCGGUCAAGGCCAAUGAAGCUCUGGGGAGUGAGGAUGGAGGGACGUGUUCACUUGGGCUGAGGGUGGUCCUAAUUGGGACGAAGCCGUCCAAGAAGAAGAUCCCUAAAGAACGACCUCGUGAGGAGGGAGGGAUGCGCAAAAGUCGUUCACUCAAUAGCAGAGUACGAGAGCUUCAAUACCACGGGGAGGACUCCGCUUGUAGCUCCUCAGAGACGGAGAGCAACCCGACAUCGCCCAGACUGGCUUGCAAGUCCCAAUCCUGCAACAAGCUCAGCCCCACCACUGCAGGCAUCACCUUCCAGAACAAUCACCUCAGCCCCAGUGUGUCUCCGCGAAACAGUCCAUGGUCCAGUCCUCGUGCCAGCCCUUGUCCCCAGCGCAAAUCCCAAAAGUCUCCUCUGGCUUCCGAGGGCAGACUGAGCCCUGAGUCUGCACGCCGCUGGGCAGACUACUCCUCAGACAGCAGCCUGACUCCUUCCGGGAGCCCUUGGGUUCAGAGGCGCAGACAGGUAGCCUCCCAGGAAAACAGUCCAGUUGGUAGCCCCAUGCUGGGCAGAAAGAUCCAGAAUGCUGAUGGGCUGCCACCAGGUGUGACAAGGCUACCACGAGGCCCUGAUGGGACCCGUGGCUUUCGCUGCAUCAUGGCAGGCGAGAGGGGAAAGACUGCCGCAACGCAGACCUGAUGUGUGGAGUGUCCUCAUAUCCUUUACACCCCAAACCUGUACAUUGGCGAUUGACUCGAUCCUAGGCCACAUCACUUAGCCCCCACCCUACGCUCGAAUGACUGUAGACAUUUUUUGAUCCUUUUUAGUUUUCUUUAUUUUUAUACAGUUUCGUUUAACAUGGUGACAUGCAAUUGAUUUCCUAUUGGAAGAUAAGGAUGCAGAAGGAGAUUGCUUUAAGAGAAACGUCAUCAGUGGUUUCUCAAAACCUCCAGAUACAGCCCAUGGCACUUGUCACCUCCCCUGCAGACAAAGUUGUUUGUAAUAGGAGUGGGGUUGAAGUUUCUUUUUUUUUUUUUUUUUAAGAAGUGUCUUCUGUGGAUUUGUGUGUAAAAGCUCAGCAGUGGAUGGUAUAUAAAUGUGUAAAUGGUGUGAUGUUGCAUGGGUACAUGGACUUGACAUCAAGACAUUCCCAUGGGCCUUUUCUGUAUUUGUCUAAUGUGAGCGUCCUUGUUACAUGUGAUUUUAAACUGAGGCUGUUAUCUCAGUUUUCUCUCAUGGAUUUUUUUUUCUUGCCUUUUAAUUUGUUUUCAUUACGCCUUGGCAGUCGGUAAACAAAAAAAAAUGGUGGGGAUGCCCUGUAAAAUGUUUGUUUGGCAGGUAGCUCUUUCUUGACUUAAACGUAUUUCUAGCGGCCUAAGCUGGUAAAUGAGGUUUGAGGGGUGUUCAGGUCGGCGGGAAUAUAUGCUCUUAACGUUCUUGCCUUGACACUUGAGCUCUGGCGUGUUGGUACAGUGCAUUUCCUAUUGUACAAAUAAAUCACUAA